CAGCAAUUGGCGGAAGCUUCACGAAUCGGCACCUAAACCAACACCCUAUUCCUUACUCUAUGGCGCUAGACGAAUAUGAUGUAGAUGCUACAGAACUUCUGGAAACUUACGACUUCUUAAUGAAGUACAUUAUCAUCGGAGAGGCAGGGACAGGCAAAUCAUGUUUGUUGCACCACUUUACCCACAACGCAUUCAAGGACCACUCUCAACACACCAUCGGAGUGGAGUUCUCUAGUAGAACAGUAAAGUUAGGGGAGAAGAGGAUUAAGCUUCAACUAUGGGAUACUGCCGGUCAGGAGCGCUUCCGAUCUGUAACGCGUAGCUACUACCGUGGUGCGGCUGGCGUAAUCCUUGUAUACGAUAUCACGAACCGCGAUUCUUUUUUGAAUAUGUCCCAGUGGCUCACUGAUGCCAGAGCUUUGGCAAGCCCACACUUAGUUGCAGUCCUGGUUGGAAACAAGUCGGACAGGGAGGAGGACCGUGAAGUGGAGUGGGCUGAAGCUAGUAGAUGGGCGGCGCAGAAUGAUGUUCACUUUCUCGAGGUUUCUUCACUAAGCGGCGACAACGUUGAAGCUCCAUUUCUGCUUGCCGCAAGGUCUAUCCUACUUUCCAUAGAGUCAGGAAUAUUAGAUCCCGAGAAAGCCGGGAGCGGUGUCAGCUAUGGGGACCGUGCUCUCCGAAGAGUGACGAGCUCUAGCCAUCUUAGCUUUGGGAGUCUUAGCGGAGCUCGAAGGCGACGCUCGGACAAGCUUCGAUUGAAAAAUUGGGCACCCUCGGGCAAAUGUUGUUAGGUAGUGAUAAUCGACGGCUGGUGAGUAUUGAGCUAGAGUGCCGCUUCUGCCUUGUUUUCCUUGCAUAUGGCCAUGCGCCUCGUGUCACCUCUUUGUAUACCACUAGUACUCUUCUUGUGUUUUCGAUCACAUAUUCUACUCAAACACUGUACAUCAUUUCACCCUUGCACUUUACUGAUUCACAGUAUCUAAUACGUGUAGAUGCUUCAUGUGAUAUCUCCCAUAUAUUCCCAUAGUUAUUCAUCAUCACUGUUAUCUCAUGGAUAGUUAUAUUUCAUGUGGAAGGUUCGAUAUGGCACAGUGCCCCCUACACCCUGUGAGGCUUUACAGCAUGCAACUUUCCUCACGAGUACCUACUAAGACCUAUCGAAGGAGGUCUUCUUGUCGACGCUAUAUAGUUGACACAUGCGUCAAUACUUCAACUUGUUGUUCUGUACCGAUG